CUAACACAUAAAAAGCCAGUCCGCGGUUGUUGACGCAUCAGUCUAAAGUUAAAACUCGACGAGGAAUCAACUUUGACAAGUUACUAAAGUAAUUCUUUGUAAUUACUCAUUACAAAGCUUAUAUAAAACUUUAUCAAGUGAUUAUUAAUAAAUUUAAUUAAAUAAAAACAUCAAGAUGUCACUUUUACCAUUGUUGUACUCAAACUGGUGGGAAGACUUGGAAGCGCCGCACAGUUUGGUUGACCAGGACUUCGGUCUAGGAUUACACCCGGCAAUAACAGCUCCAAAGAGCGUCAGCCUCUACUUGACACGACCAAAAACCCAGUCAAGAUACCCCGUGGACUACGUCCGACCCUGGAGCGAAGUUCUUCGUCGAGGCGCCGGUGGAGCGUCAACUGUCAAAGCCGACAAGGACAGCUUCCAUGUUUCAUUGGACGUCCAGCAAUUUGCACCAGAAGAGAUUAAUGUGAAAGUGGUUGACCGCUCGGUCGUCGUCGAGGGUAAACACGAGGAGAAGCAGGAUGAACAUGGCUUCGUCUCGCGUCAGUUCACCAGGCGCUACCUCAUCCCCGAGCAGUGCGAUAUUGAUCAUGUGUCAUCGAAGCUGUCUUCAGACGGAGUGCUCUCCAUCACUGUCCCACGUAAAGAACAGCCGAAAGUCGAAGGCGAGAGGAAGAUCAACAUCGAGCACACCGGCAAGCCGGCGAUUCGUGAGGCUGCUCCCGCAGAAGCUAAAGAUAAGAAAGAUGAGGCUUAAAUGCUUUUUUUUUUAUUAUUGUUAAUUAAAAAGACUCACUAUUAUUAAUGUUAUUUCAUUUUUUUUUUAAUUAAAUUUAACUUUAUUACAUUUAAUUAUAAAAUUUAAUUUUUAUUUUUUAAUAAAAGAACUAGUUAGGAUGUAAGUACUAGUCUCUACACUGUAGUUUUAUGUAUUCUCGAGAAUUUUUUUUAUAAAAGUAAAUAAAAAAAACACUCAUGAGUCAAA